AACAUGAUGUGCCAGAUGAUCAGUGAGGGCAUCGCCUCCUGCCUUGGACGCAUCAGGGCCAAAGACCAGAUCGCGCCGGCUGAGCUGGAGAGCGUGCUGGGGGUUGUGAUCAACCUGACUCUAGACGAGCAUUUCAUCGAGCAGCUGCAGCAGCAUGGAGCCAUGGGCCUCCUGAAAGACAGUCUGACGGUCUCCGCUACCCCGGGAUGCACGUCCAGGGCUCUCGCCGCUGCUGCUCGGAUCGCUCGGCAUGCGGCGGCAGCCGACGACGCCAUACGAGUCGGGGUGUUUGACAUGUUCCUAGAGAAGCUUAAGAGGCUCAGGGAGACUCCUGCUGACGACCUCGAUCACUGUGUGCGGGGAGUUGCGCAAUGUCUCAAGGUGACGGGAGCGAGCGCGGGGAGGCGGCUGAUGCAGGAGGAAGGAGUGCUGGAGGCGCUCCUCGCCGUCCUCUCUUGCAGCCGCGAGCAUGCGGUGGGCAAUGCUGCGCUUGUUAUCCAAGUGCUGGCCAACGAGGAGGCGAAUCUUGCGGCACUGGGAAGAGCCGGAUGUGUGAAAGCUCUUCUCGACGUCGUGCACUAUCAGCGAGGACCCGCACAGAAGAACGCUGCUCUUGCACUAGCUCGGGUUGUGAAACUUGAAGCAAACCUGUCGCAGCUGAAAGCUUUGCACGGCUUUGAGAUCCUUAACUCGUACCUGAGAAUGUAACCUCUCACCUAUACCGUCAUGCAUAAAGUGAAGAGAAAACAUC